AUGCUUAUCCAAAUCCUCUAUGGCCUGGCAGCCAGUGCCCUGUGGCAAGGCCAAGUUGUUGCAUCACCAAGCAAAGACAAUUCGCUAGAGCGUUUUAUCGAUAAACAAGCUGAUGUUUCUAUCAAGGGUGUCCUUGCCAACAUUGGCGCUGAUGGGAAAAGGGCACAAGGUGCAGCACCUGGCGCUGUUGUCGCGAGCCCAUCAAAAGAAGAUCCUGAUUAUUGGUACACUUGGACGCGUGAUUCAGCUUUGACAUACAAGGUCAUUGUGGAGAGAUUCAUUCACGGUGACAAGUCUCUCCAACGAAAGAUAGACGAAUAUGUCUCUGCACAGGCUAAACUGCAAGGAACCACAAAUCCAUCUGGUAGUCCAGAGUCAGGCGGUCUUGGCGAGCCAAAGUUCCACGUGAAUCUCACUGCUUUCACAGGAUCUUGGGGUCGACCUCAGCGCGACGGCCCACCUCUCAGAGCUACCGCUUUGACGCUGUACGCAGAGUGGCUCAUUUCCCAUGGCGAACGAUCCAAGGCUGUGAACAAGGUCUGGCCAGUCAUCGAAAAGGAUCUUGUGUAUACUACCAAGUUCUGGAAUCGCACUGGCUACGAUCUCUGGGAGGAGGUCAAUGGAUCUUCUUUCUUUACGCUUUCGGCUUCACAUCGUGCUCUUGUCGAGGGUGCGGCGCUGGCUAAGAAACUCGAAAAGUCCUGCCCUGACUGUGUCACCAACGCUCCUCGUGUUCUGUGCUUCCUUCAGAGUUUCUGGACAGGUGGAUACAUUGACUCCAACAUCAAUGUCAAGGACGGUCGCAAGGGCCUUGACGUCAACUCCAUCCUCUCCUCGAUUCACACCUUCGAUCCCACCUCCAAAUGCACCGACUCGACCUUCCAGCCUUGCUCGCCCAGAGCUCUUGCGAACCACAAGGCAGUCGUCGAUUCGUUCAGGUCCAUUUAUGGCGUUAACAAGAACAGAGGCCAAGGAAAGGCUGCCGCUGUCGGUCGAUAUAGUGAGGACGUGUACUAUGAUGGCAACCCCUGGUACCUGGCCACUCUUGCUGCUGCGGAACAGCUCUACGCCGCGGUCUACCAGUGGAACAAGGUUGGAGCUAUCACUGUUGACGAUAUGUCAUUGUCUUUCUUCAAGGAUAUUGUCCCCAAAAUUUCCAAGGGCACUUAUUCUAAGAAUAGCAAGACAUACAAGGAGACCAUCAAGGCAGUCAAAGCUUACGCCGAUGGUUUCGUCGCAGUUGUGCAGACAUAUACUCCCAAGGAUGGCUCACUAGCUGAGCAAUUUGACAAGUCCACUGGAGCUCCCAAGUCCGCUGUCCAUCUCACCUGGUCUUACGCCUCAUUUGUCAGCGCCACCGAACGUCGGGACGGCAUUGUAUCCCCCUCUUGGGGCGAGAGCAGUGCCAACAAAGUCCCCGCCGUAUGCCAAGCUGCCCCAGCAUGUGACACGACCGUCACCUUCACUGUCAAGAACGUGCAAGUUACGUCUGGUCAGAAAGUUUACGUGGUUGGUUCCGUGACUGAACUUUCCAACUGGUCACCUGAAGACGGCAUUCCGCUUACGGAGGGUACUGAGGGUGUGUGGAGCACAAAGGUUAAGAUUCCUUCUGAUACAAGCUUUGAGUACAAGUAUAUCAAGAAGACGAGUAGUGGCGAGGUUACUUGGUUGAGUGAUCCCAACAAUCGAGCUCUUACGGGUAGCAAGUGUGGGAGUACCAGUACUCUCAAUGAUGAGUGGAGGUAG